ACUGAACUCGCCACUCAAAAGCUUUUAUUUUUCCCCUUCUCUUCGGAGAAGAGAAGAGAGAAAAGAAUCACAUUAUCUCUCCUCUACCCAUAUUACCCAAAACAAAAUCAAAGCUAAAUCCACGUCAUCAUCUUCUUCUCAACCUUUUCUCUUCCACCAUUGCUGAAACCUCCUCUGCAUUUUCUCUUUACGCAUUUCUCUCUGAUCAUCUCCAUUCCCAAUUCAAUCCAAUUCCACUAUUUUCACUUUCUUCUAGGGUUCUCUCCGCUUUCUCGCUGAGGUUUACCGUUUUUCCCUCUCAAUGACACGCUCUACUGGAAGUGGUAGAAUGGAGGCUAUGCCGAGGCCUAUGGCCGCUGGAGGUUUCUCUCAAACUGUAGCAGAAGAUGACUAUGCUCGGCAGAAAUCAGCUGCUGCGUAUAUUUAUAGACAACUGCGUGAGGCAGAUGAAGCGAAUUUGCUUAGCGAAGAAGAUAUGCAUGUUUUUGGUGAGAGACCCAUGACUGAUCCCUUGAAGCUGGUACGAUGCAACACUUGCAAGAAACCAAUCAAGGACAGCCAAUUUGCUGCUCAUGCAGAACUUUGUAGAUCAUUAAAGCUCACAGUACAAACUGGGCUGGAGCUUAAUGGCAACACAAGGAAUCGAAAACCUCCAAGGAAUGAUAAGAAAAAGUUACCAGCUUCAUCUGCAGCUGGGAAGCGGAGAAAGUCUGAGUCGUUGGAUAAUAUUGACACUGUUGUGUCACAGUCCCACUUGAACAGUCAAAUCAGAGGGACUUCCUUUUCAAAUGAUGUUAAAGAUGCAGCUGCUUCUAUGUUGGAUGAUACUGGAGUUAGUUGUGGAAAUAGAGUUCUCCAAGCUUCAGUAAUGUAUCCUCCCACGAAACAUAAUAAAUUGAAGACAAGCACACAUAUAUCUGUAAUAGAUGAGCAUGGAACAGAGACUGGAGUGUCAAAAGCUGCGAGUUUAACAAAUGGAACCACUCAUGCAGCGCCGGCAUCUAUGUUGGAUGAUACUGGAGUUACUAGUGGGAGUAGAGUUCUCCAAGCUUCAGUAAUGUAUCCUCCAACAAAACGUCAUAAAUUGAUGGCAAGCACAUAUGUAGCUGCAAUAGAAGAGCAUGGAACAGAGUCUGGAGUGUCAAAGGCUGCAAGUUUGACUAAUGGAACCACUCGGAAAGAUAUGACUGAAGAGAUUGUAUCGGAACCUGGAGAUCCCUUCCAUAAAAAUGGUCAGCAAGUCCAUAUGCAACGCCAAUACAUGAAGAAUAAUGAUUUUCCCGCACCCCUUGCUACGAAGAUAUAUUAUUCUCAAAGGACUAAUCGACUGCGUGCCGCUAUUCGUCAUAUGUACUUUGAGAGCUUGAGCGAGGAAGUACGUGCUGAUGUUGAGUGUCCAAAGACAUCAAAUGAAGAGAUGGUUGCAUUGCAAGGUUUGUCUCAGGUGGACCCUUCAUUUGAGCAAAUGGAAAAUGUGGUCAACAAGGAGAGCCACUUGGGAAUGAUGUACACCAAAAAUUCUGAUGAUAUUCUUGCAAAAAGCUCAGAAGUUUGCUUGCUUAAAGCAGGAGGCGUGCCUAGUGAUGGCUUGUCAAAUCAGUUUUUUCUUGACAACGUUUCAAGGUCUGCAGCUACUCAUGUUGGUUUAACUAGAGGCAGUUUUCUUCCAAAGGCUUAUUCUUUUCCAACCAACACAGGAAAUCGCCUGGAAACCCUGCAACAGCCAAAUGGGAGUGUUCCUGUUAUCUAGUACCCUUGGUUGGAAAAUUUUGGAUAGGUGAAUGUACAGGUAACCAGUACAUUGAGGUUAGGCUAGCUCCUUUUUUGAAGCUUAUAAAGCACAUUAGUCAAAUUGUUUAUCCUGUCAUACGAUUUGUAAAUGAAAGCUUUCAUUAUAUAGCGUAUGAAAAUUAAGGAAAUUUUUAGUCUAAGUUCGAAUUUCGUCUUUUUAUUGCUACCUCCGGCAAGCAAGGGUACUUUAUCUUUUCUUUAGCUAUUCUUAACUAAUAUACCAAUUGUCAAAGAAUAGCUGAUAGUGAAGGAUAUAGAGUUUUGGGUUCAGUUGUCAAUAUGAUCAAAGUUAUUGAUAGAGUUGGAUUAAUUCAUACUUGUAAAUUUGUA